UCCAUCCACUCCACUCUGCCUCCGCAAUUUCAAAAGGGGCCACUGUGGGACGGAGAUUGGAAGUAGCAAAAAAGUGGAGUGCCCCAUUUACUCCCGAUUCGGUAUCAACCGUCCAUCGCCAUAAGAUCAACGGCCCAGAUUCUCUAACAGGUAUUGAGAAAAAUCCAAGAAAAAUGCCUGUUUCGACUCGGUCUCGGAUCAUGAACGAAGAACAUAUUGGUGCAGUUCCAGGUCAAGAAGAUAAACAGCAGCUGAAUCUUCCACCUAGAAGUCUUCACCAUGGAUUGAAAGAGAAGAUGAAGGCAUUAACCCUUUUGUACGAGCAGCAGAAGCUUGCUUCUGCAGCUCUUAAGAGGCCGUCACCAAAAGGGGAAGUUCUAAUUGGUGAGCCAAAGCUUGAGAAUGUAAUGAGAGAAAAUGCAAUGCCUAAUUCCACUGUUACCAGAACUUAUGUUCUUCCCCAGCUGCCGAUGACUGAUGCUAAGGAGAAUGUGGUGGUUGGAGCUGAUCGGAUUGUCGGGUUUUCGUGCUCGAAAGAGGCGAGUUUGUCGACGAAUGUCGCGAGGAAAUUGUUGCUAGGGAACUCAAUGCCUGUAGUGGAAAAGAUGGAGAAUGUGGGGUGUAAUAAAUUGCAAGAAGUGGAGGAAUUGGGAGAAAGCCGGAUUUUGGUGUUUGUGAGGCUAAGGCCAAUGGCUAAGAAGGAAAAGGAAGUGGGUUCAAGGUGUUGUGUUAAAAUAGUGAAUGGAAGAGAUCUUUACUUGACAGAGUUUGCUAAUGAGAAUGAUUAUUUGAGACUUAAGAGGCUUCGCGGGCGUCAUUUUAGCUUCGACGCUUCAUUUCCGGACACCACCAAUCAGCAAGAAGUCUAUGCUACCACGACAGCAGAGGUUGUAGAAGCAGUUUUGCAGGGAAGGAAUGGUUCUGUGUUCUGUUAUGGUGCCACUGGGGCUGGAAAGACAUACACAAUGCUGGGAACGGUUGAGAGCCCUGGAGUUAUGGUUUUGGCAAUCAAAGACCUCUUCACCAAGAUUAGGCAGAGGAGCUGCGAUGGGAACCAUACGGUCCACCUCUCUUACAUUGAGGUUUACAAUGAAACAGUCAGAGAUUUGUUGUCCCCAGGAAGGCCAUUAGUCCUCAGACAAGACAAGCAGGGCAUUGUUGCAGCUGGAAUUACACAAUGUAGAGCUUACUCCACGGAUGAAGUGAUGGCCUUGCUUCAGCGAGGAAACCAAAACCGAACAACCGAACCAACCCGAGUUAACGAAACUUCUUCCCGUUCCCAUGCUAUAUUACAGGUUACAGUUGAAUAUCGAGCCAAAGACAGUGGAAUGAACAUCGUUAACCGAGUCGGGAAGCUCUCAUUGAUUGAUCUCGCCGGGUCAGAGAGGGCACUUGCCACAGAUCAAAGAACAUUAAGAUCUCUUGAGGGAGCAAACAUAAACAGAUCACUACUCGCUUUAAGUAGUUGCAUCAAUGCCCUUUUGGAAGGAAAGAAACACAUACCUUAUAGGAAUUCAAAACUCACUCAACUUCUGAAGGAUUCAUUAGGAGGAGCUUGUAACACUGUGAUGAUUGCAAAUAUUAGCCCAAGCGACUUAUCAUUUGGUGAAACCCAAAAUACACUUCAUUGGGCUGAUCGUGCUAAAGAGAUCAGAACUAAGGUUGCAGAAACAAAUGAGGAAAUAAUGAAGCCACCUGAAUCUGAAUUGGACCAGGCUAAACUACUGCUUGCGUUGCAGAAAGAAAAUCAUGAAUUGCGUGUGCAGUUGACUCACCAACAACGGAAGUUGCUUACCUUACAGUCUCAAUCCCUGGCUGCAGUGGCUUCUCCAACCCCAUCUUCAGCCACAUCUCUUCUAACUCCUCCAACGUCUGUUCGAGAGCUUCGCCACACGGUGAAACGAUUAGAAGCAGAGCUUGAGAAGGCAAAGAAAGAGCACAUUGUGGAGUUAAAGCACAAAGAUGAUCAUAUCAAUGAGCUGUUGAAGAAAAGCAAGAAAACAGCAGGGUUGGUGAGAGGAGAAGGCGUAAAGAGGGUAAGGACAAGAACUAGCUUAAGACCAAAGGAGGAGGAGCCAAGCAUAGGCGAAGUGAAGAGCCCCAGGUACCGUUUCAAAUCACCAGCUCCAACAGCUAAGAAACGAAGCUUUUGGGACAUAACAGCAGCUAAUAGUCCAUCUGUUGCCACAUUAAAUGGAAGGAAGACCAGAAGUCAUGUACUUGCAGAGCCUCCUCCUCCUACUUUUGCUCCCUCUAUGCUUCGUCAGCCAGGUUUUUCUCGACAGAAGCCAUAGCUAUUGAAUUGUAAAACUCAAAGAAGAUUGACAACAAGAGAAACAGAAUGCUGACACAGCCAGGUAAUACUUCUGCUUCAGCUGAUGAACUUUUGAUGUACACUAAUGAUAGCCGGUAGAUUUCCUUAGUUUUUUUCUGUUCUAUAGAGAUUGUGUUGCAUAUUGUUUUAUUCUUUGGUAGUCAAAAUCCCUGUACUGAUUAACUGGAACAUAUUCCACGAGUUAUCUUCCAA